UUUGUCAGCAAAAUACUUCAGUUGUGAUUUUUUGGUGAUUUAUUUCCACAUUAUUUGAUAUUUGUGUUAUAAAAUGUAGACGAAUUAUUUUUAUUAGUGUUUUUUUUAUUUCAUUAUGUCUUCUUGUAAUUCAUUUAAUCUCGAUAAUGUUUUCAAAAGAUUCAAAGUUAUGGAAUUUCCAAUAUCUUAUGUGGGACUUUCUACAACGCUUGAGUUGGACGUGGAAGUCGAUCUUAAUGUUUCUGCAUAUCUUAAAACAAUCUGCGGAGGAUGUUUAAUGAAAUUUAACGAGGCUUACGAAAUAUCUGCAUCACAUCGAGCAUUUUUUAUUGCUCCCAAAGAUAGUCAUACUAUAGAUGUAACAUUCACACCUAGAAAUGAAUGUAUCUCCAAAGCAAGGCAUUCUAAAAACUUUGAUACCAGAUUCGUGUUUGACUUGAGGUUAAUAAGAGUAGACGGAAGGCGAUGUUGUUAUGAUGAAUUCCAUUCAGAAAUUGGUAGAUACUAUAUAAGUGGCCAAUUUGAAGAUUGCAAAGUGUUUCAUACGCCUGAAACUGUAAACUUUGGAAAUGUUAUAAUUAAUACCAAAAUAACGAAAUUUAUAAGAAUACGCAACGAGUCUAGUAUACUGAGCGCUAAAAUGCAAUACAAUAGAGUUGCUGGAUUUGAGGUGUCACCUGAGAAUUUUACUAUAUUACCGAAUACAUCAAUAAAAAUUUAUAUAACAAUAAAACCUACAUCUUUAAAAUUAAAAAAUACGAUUCAAUUCAAAAUUAUUAACCCACACGAUACUUUUUCUCAAAAUAUCGGAGAUAAUUUUAUAACCUACGUUGUUCACUUUAAUUUAAAUGUUAUUUAUCAAAAAUCGUCUAAACAAAUAACUGUGAUUGAAUCAUUACACACAAUAAAUGAGCAGAAACCGAGUUACACUUAUAUUGGCAAUGAACUCUCAGUUAAAAAAGACCGAAAGAAGACAGCGUUAAAAUAUCUUGAAACAUCAAAAAAAAUACAUGCAAAAAAACGAACUUUAGAGAAAUACAGCACUGAUAAUGAAAAAUGUCAUUUAAGUUCUACGUGUAUACUAAAUAAUAAGCUGAAAAAAAACUUUUGUGUAAUCCUUCAACAAAAUAUCUCUCAAUAUGACCUUUUCCUCAUUAGAUUGGUCCCAUUUAUUAUAGAUUUUGGUAGAGUUGGUAUAUCUACGUAUGGCCAAAGAAGCCUGUUGAUACAAAAUCUAACAAAAUACGAUGUCUCAAUUAGUCUUUUGAAAGAUGAUUGUAUAUUAUAUACAGAGAACAAGAUGGUAGCAUACAAAACGAAACUCAAAUCAUUUACAGAACUAAGUAUAACAAUAUUUUGCCACGGAUAUAGUGCAGGAAACUUUGACGGUACGUUUGAAUACGUUAUAAACAAUAAGUAUCACCGAAAACAUCCAUAUACUCAGCAAGUAGGAAAUCCAACAUUAAUGGUGAAUGAAAAGAAUUUAAAAUUUGGAAUGGUUACUACUGAAAGUUUUAUCACUUCCGUACCCAUCAGAAUUUAUAAUAAUUUUAACUUAUCAGUAGACUUUAAAUGGGAUGACUUACAUCAAGAAACUCCAUUUGAAAUAAUUCCAAACACAGGAACAGUUCCUGCUCAUUCUUGUAAAUUUUGUGAUCUUCUUUAUAUUUGCAAAGCUACAAAAACGAAAACCCACGAGGUUAAUUUAUUUUCCUUGAGUACAUACACAAGAACUAUACCUCUCGAACUAAGUGUAGUGACGCGUAAACUAUCUAUAAAAUUUUUACAACCAGCGGUUGCAUUUAAAGACAUUGCUUUAAAUUUGGAAACUAUUGAAAAGGUAAAACUAGAAAAUUCAUCGAGGGAAAUGGCUCUUUUUCACGUUGUAGAGCCUUUAAUUCCGGGUCUUACUGUAGAACCAAUGUUUGGUUCUAUUCGACCAAAAAUGAUAGUGAGUUUUGAUAUCAUUGUUAAAAUUUCAUGUAUCUUAGAAUUUGCCUUUGAUAUCUAUGUAAAAAUAAAUAAUAAAGAAAAUGUUAUAUUACCUGUAAGUGGAAAUGUGGUAGAACCAAAGAUAAUAAUUCACCCGAGAAAUAUAUAUAUGCCGAGAGUGCCUUGUUAUAUGAUUACCUUUGUGCCAGUUACAUUUCAAAAUAUCAGCACUUUAAAAACAGUGGUAGAUGUAUUAGAUACAGGAGAUGAGAAUAUAUUUAAUGUAUACGUUGCUCAAGGAAAUGAAAAGAAAAGGAUAUUCAGAUUUAUAAUUGAAGGAGGCCAAUCAAAGACUGUUUUCAUAAAAAUUCACGAUAUAUACCGAAGAGAGUAUGAAAUUUAUGUCCCUUUUAAAAUAAAUGGCUUUUUAGGACCUCCAAAUAAUGAUGUAAACUCAACUGAAUUAAAGUAUUAUAUUGAAGAAUAUGAGAAGUCUUACGAAAAUAAUACAAAAGUUAAGAUUAAAACUUUAACUAAAGAUAUAAGUUUUUGUCGAAUAACAGGAGUAAUCACAGUGCCUUGGAUACAUUUCUCAGUUGACAAGUUUAUUUUUGAUUAUGUGCCAAAUGGAAAUAAUGCCAUAGAUUUUACUAUGACUAAUGUUUCUAAAUAUUACUUAUAUGUGACUAUUCUUACAUCAAAACUUUCGCCUAAUUUUACUUUAAAUAUACAUACUGACGAAAAUCAGUUUAUUGUAAACGAAAGCCAAAUAAAAUUUGAACUAGAUCGUGGGAGCGAAGCAAGUUUCUCUGUAAAAUUUCAUCCGAAAGGUCAUGGUAAAUUUGUAUCUGUUGCCUUGUUAUAUUUAAAUAAACAUAAUACUACUCCUUAUUACAACUUAACCUUUGUUGGCAAAAGGCAAGCUCCAGCUAUGAUUCCAGAUACUUACAGAAUCAUUUUUGCACCAUGUUACAUUGGUGAAAAAGACAUUCGAAUACUCAGGAUUAAAAUGGAAGGGCAAUCUGAAAAAGGAUUAUUUUCUUGUAAUUCCAAAGAAGAACCAAAUUUAACAGUGGAAAUUUUAAAUGCAGAUACAGUUCAAGAAGAUGAUGAUUAUUUUACCAUAGUCACUGUAAAAAUUUCAGUUUCUUGUAAAGUAUGUUAUGCACGUAAUAUAAUGCUGAAUUUUCAACAUCACAACGGGUCAGGAUGCGAAGUGGAAGUAUGUUUUUGCUUUACUUAUUGUGCACUGACUUUGCAUACACAGAAGUUCGUAAAACCUGAAAAUAAUCCUUAUCCAUAUUAUCCCCUAAAGUCACAAACUGAUCUGUUUAACUAUAUGGAAACAUGCACGGCAUUUUUAGAAAAAUGGAUGUUUCAACAAGGAUUUCGGAGAGAUUUAUAUCCGAAAAUUCCAGACACAUUUCACGCAAUAUCCUCGUCUAUUUCAUCUCAACAGGGUGCAGCGAAAUCAAAAGGAAUUAACGUUUCAUAUCUAAAUUUUAUGAGGAGGAUUGCAGGACCGCUAAUGAAACACGUCCGUAAAAUAUCUGUGGUUGGAGUUGACGAUUCAUUCAAAUGUGUUAAAGAAAUACAUGAUACUUACCGAGAAAUUAUAAGUUUAUUGCGUUCACGGGGGGCCUGCUUAUGGAUUUUACAGGCAAAAUUUUUGUUAAGUUAUGAGCAAUUUAUUAUAUAUUCAGAAAACGUUACCCCAAAAUGUAAUGCUGAUAUUAUUUAUACCCAAGAACUCAAAGAAAAUGUAACAUUAUUUAAUAGAUUAAGUAAACAAAGUUGGUUUGAUUUUAUUUUACAAAGCUACAAAGUUUUUGUGAUGGACAGUUGUUUUUUCGAAUGUAUUUGCAUGAGCUCCCAGCCGCGAGAUAUUGUCAAAAUACUAAUUGACUGGUUUAAUGAAAAUAUUGAAUUGCAACAUCAAAAACUUCGGGGGAAAGAAAAAGCAAUCAAAGUUAUUACAAAUAUAACUACUGAUUUAUCUGAUGGCAUAUCAUUCAUAUGUGUAAUAUUAAAUUAUUGUCCGUUUAUGGAAGAACACUUUCGGUUAUUCUGCGAAGCGGAUAAAAAUUACUCUGAAGGUGAUAUCAUCAAUAACGCAUGUCUUGUAAUAGAGGCGACAAAUAUAUUAAGACUUUAUUUUCCACUAACUAGUAAAGAUUUCUUGCACCCAAAUUAUUUGCUGAUGCUAUUUCUGUCCAUACAUCUAUAUGUCACCCUACCGAUGUUUAAGCCAAGAGAUUUAAUUAAAUUUAAUCCACCUCUGUUAAAAAGUUCAUCUAGACAAGUUGCGAUCAGCCCUACAAAUCAAGAAUCAUUGAUAUUUAACUAUAUCCUGUUAAACAAUUCAAAAAGUAAUUUCUCUGUUGAGAAAGUGUCUUCCACCGAAAAUGACAAAAAAAUGAAUAUAAGCGUUAAAUAUACAGCAAAUUUUGUGGAGAAAGAGACGGCAAUAUUGUUAGUUCAUGGUUAUAACAAGACAAGGAUAUUUGACACAUAUAUAGUUUUCUUGCUCCAUGGAUACGUAGGAUCGCUUAAUCCGCUUAGAAAGUGUAAAAUAACUGGUCCUUUAUACAGACCCAAUAAAGUAGAUAUUUUAGUGGCAUCACCGUUUUUAGUUACAACUGUAUACAGUCUAUUCUUAACGGAUGAAGAACCUACCAUACCAGUUAGUUUUGAGGAUAGUUCUGGGCCACGAUUCUGUGUCAAACGACUGUGUUUGAUUGACAAGGAAAUUAUACUUAUUGGUUUGCCAAAUGAAACUGGGCAGGAAAUACAGAAUCAUAAACUACAUUUACAAAUUACGUGUCUCAGUACUCAAAUAGGCAAUUCUUGGAUAUGGUUUAGAAGUGAGGUUGGAGAAUUUUUCGUUCGAGUUACAACGCAGCCUCGUUGGGACUUGGCUAUAGAUACAUUGCAAACAAAAGUACACACAUGGCCAAUAGAUCCCUGCAGUUGCGGUGAAGCGUGUGAAUGUUACAGAACGACGGUUUUGAUGAUUCCUCAUCGGAACGAACUAAUGUUAAAAUCGCUGCGGUAUGCGCUUCUUGAGAAUGCUUCAGAAGUAAUGGUUCAAGUUUUUGACCAACUUAUUGAAACAGUCACGGGUAAGAUUAUUUUGAGUAUGCUACUUGAAGAAGGUGGUACUAAUUUGUCGGAAGUACAGCAUAUACUAAGGAGUGAUACGACUUACCGAAUCACAUCGAGAGCUCUCCGACCUCGACUUGAGAGAGUAACUUUGGCUCAGCACACAAGCGCCUUUCUAGCUCUACCUGUUACAAUACCAGCCCAAGACAAAGCCGAAAAAUACUCUGUCACCUUUACAUCUGAAUGUGGAAUGGAUAUACGUACUUACAGAGUUUUAUUUAUCGAGUCGUAUAGCGAGUGAUAUUUAUGAAUAUAAUAUGAAUACAAACUUAAAUUAUAUUCUCUAAAUUAUAGUAAAAGAAUUGAAUAUUUA